CAGUUUACAAGGGACUACUUUCGGAAGUUCACUUGUCAAGUCUUGUAGCUGGCGGGAUUGCCGGCUUGGUCCAAACUUUAUUGGCCAUCACCUCAACCUUUCUCGCGCAGACUUCCAUCCAUGUCAGAUCAUUGAUUGAUUUGGAUACAAGAGACAAGCAAAAAUUGUGUUGCCAAGUGAAUUUUUAUUAAACUCCAAUAAUGUUUCAUCGGGAGCGUGAGCAAGGCCGAGGUCAUGGCGCAGGAAACAACAGAAAUGGACGAGGAUAUGAUAAUAAUAAUUACGGAAACGGUGCCGGAAGAUUUAAUAAUCGAGGAAAUAAUAGCAAUGGUGGAAUAAAGGGCAAGCAGCAGUCAUGUGUCGCUGUAAAAAAGCUGAAUUGGGAUAUUAAAUCUUUAGAACCACUGAAAAAAGAUUUCUACAUUGAACAUCCCGCAGUAAAAAACAGGUCACCGGAAGAAAUUAGAAAAUUCCGUCUAGCUGCUGAGAUAACGCUUAAAGGAGAGAAUAUACCGAAUCCAAUUCAAUGCUUUGAGGAAGGAAAUUUUCCUUCUUAUGUUAUGGAAGGAAUCAAAAAACAGGGGUAUUCACAUCCAACAGCAAUUCAAGCUCAAGGAUGGCCUAUAGCUCUUAGUGGUCGAGAUUUAGUAGCAAUAGCUCAAACUGGAUCAGGAAAAACUCUAGGAUACAUGUUGCCAUCAAUUGUUCAUCUAAUUAAUCAGCCACCAUUGAAUGCUGGAGACGGUCCAAUAGCUUUGAUUCUCGCUCCAACACGAGAAUUAGCUCAACAAAUUCAAGAGGUAGCAAACUGUUUCUGUGAAACAGCAGCAGUGAGAAAUACUUGUAUAUUCGGAGGAGCUCCUAAAGGACCUCAAGUUCAAGAUCUCGAGCGUGGUGUUGAAAUAUGCAUUGCCACCCCAGGCCGAUUAAUUGAUUUUUUGGAACGUGGAGUGACUAAUUUACGACGAUGCACAUAUUUAGUUUUAGAUGAAGCUGAUCGCAUGUUAGACAUGGGAUUUGAACCACAGAUCCGUAAAAUAAUUGAGCAAAUUCGUCCUGAUCGUCAAAUUCUAAUGUGGUCAGCGACAUGGCCUAAAGAAGUGCGAGCUUUAGCUGAAGAUUUUUUGACGAAUUAUACUCAGUUGAAUAUUGGAUCUUUGACCUUAUCAGCUAAUCAUAACAUUAUUCAGAUUAUUGAUGUUUGUCAAGAAUUUGAAAAGGAUAUUAAAUUACAACGACUGUUGCAAGAAAUUGGAACGGAAAAAGAGAAUAAAACAAUUAUUUUUGUAGAAACUAAACGAAAAGUUGACGACAUCACAAGAAAUAUAAGAAGAGAUGGGUGGCAAGCAUUAAGUAUUCAUGGUGAUAAAAAUCAACACGAAAGAGAUCAUGUUCUUCAAGAAUUUAGAAGUGGAAGAGCUCCCAUUUUGGUAGCAACUGAUGUAGCAGCUCGAGGUUUAGAUGUUGAUGACGUCAAAUAUGUAAUAAACUUCGAUUACCCAUCAUCGUCAGAGGAUUACAUUCAUCGCAUCGGUCGUACCGGUCGGAGACGUCAAACUGGAACAGCUUAUGCUUUUUUUACAACACAUAACAUGAAACACGCUGAAGACUUAAUAGAGGUAUUACGUGAAGCCGGACAAAAUAUUAAUCCACGUUUGAGUGAAAUGGCACAGCUUGCCAAAUCCGGCAACUUUAACACUAAAGGUGGUAAAAGAUAUGGUGGACAAGCUCCAAGAAACAAUGACAGAAAUGAUAGACGUUUGACUAACAAUUGUGCCCAGCCAAUCGAAAGCAUUGCUAGAAAAAAUAAUUAUCGCUCUGGAAUGCCUUAUCAAUCGACAUUGAAUAAUUAUGUGGGAUCUACAUAUAAUAACUAUCCGGCAAAACCUCAAGUCAAUCAAAAUUCAGUAUACAGUUAUAAUAUUCAGAGAAAUUACAUUCAAAAUAACGGCAACUAUCGGUCUGCUGAUGGAAGAUAUGAAUGUAAUUAUUCAGCUCCAAGUUCUUAUUGAGUUAAACGAAAACAUACAAAAACUAAGUCAGAUAAUGAGAAAAAAAAAUUUUAAAUAUCACUGUCAGUAUUCUUGAUUAAUAUAAAUCACAUUCAUAAGAAAAGAUCUCUUAGUUUUCACAAUUAUGAAUCAUAUGUGAUCGUAAAGAAAGUUUUACUAAUAGACUGAAAAGUAAUAGUUUCACUGAAACAAAAAAUAUGUCUAAGUUACAUUAUAUUUGUUAUUAUAAGAGAUUUCAAUCAAACACUUUGAAUAAUUUAACUAUAUUUAUUUUAAUGAAUCAUCACAUUUUCAA